GCGAAAGAUGAUGGAGGUUGACGGAUACGUGGUUGUCGACCACCCAGAAAGAGCCGAGCUGCUGGAAAAGGUUAGCGAAUGGCUCGCUCCUACCGACUACGCUGGCGACGGAAGCGGAUACGGCAAACACUUGGCUGCUGUAGCGCCCGAGACUGGAGAGUGGCUGCUCCAUCGCAACGACCAGUUCCAAGUUUGGAGAGCCUCAUCCGACCAAAAUGUGCUGUGGAUUAAGGGCGCUCCCGGAAGCGGCAAGUCGAUUCUUGCCGCAAAGGUUGUCCGCCACCUUGUCGAGGACUCUGCCGUAGCCUUUGGUUUCCUCCGGCGCAUCAUGUCAACCAACAACACUGUCGCAUUUCUCGUUCGCGACUUUAUCAUCCAGCUGCUACCUCACGCGCCAGGCGCGGACGCGAGAGUGAAGUCGUUGCUGGAAUCAAGCAACAGCGAUGUUGAGUCUGUGGCUACCCCGGAGCUUUGGCAGCUCUUGGCUUUUAUCAUCCGUCUCCUCCCGCGUGUUACGUUGGUGGUGGAUGCAUUGGAUGAGAUUCUUCCCGGUCAAGAGGUUGAGCUGCUAGAGUGCAUCCUGGGCUUGGCUGAAUCCAGCGGUGGGCGCGUCAAGACAUUCAUUACGAGUCGACCGCUUUCACACCUGGAGAGCUUGUUCCAGGAUGCUUCGGUCGGUUCUAUACGUCUGGUUGGUUCGGCCAUUGACGAAGACGUGUCUCGAUAUGUUUCGCAUCGGCUGCAGUUGCAGGCCCAACGCACCUUGUCACCCGAAGACUGUCUCUUGAUCCAAUCCUCGCUGGCAAAGUCUUUGUUUCUCCAGGCGCGGCUGACCCUGGACGAGGUCCUGAAGAGCGGCAAGACGGUUGCAGAAGCUUUGCAAAGAAUUCCCGGCUCGCUCAACGACCUCUACCAGAGCAUCCUUGACCAAUAUUCGAGCGGGUCCCAGGACACGGCCAAGCUCCAGCGACUAGUUCUCCUAUGGAUCACCCAUUCGUACCGCCCUUUACGAUUGUUGGAGAUAGCUCAUGUCGCCAUCUUCGAGGGUCUCUUUAAAAAUGUCACCAUAGCUAAGUCUAAUAUCCGGUCGUGCUGUGGUCCCCUUAUUGAGAUCCGCAAAGACGAGACUGUCCAUAUCUGUCAUCACUCGCUAGCCGAGUUUUUGCAAGAGUCUCGUUUCUUCGCGAGUACCACGGAAGGCAACCACCGAGAGAUAAGCAUGGCCUGUGUCUGUGAUGCCGAUGCGUUCGCUAAACUGGACCGCCUCUUAGCCGGAGGGGGUCGGGAGGCCAUCGCAUGGAUCCGGCUAUCCAAGCUAGACCAGAAGCUAGAAACUAUGGGCAUGGAUCGAGUGCACUUUGCUGCCCGCUUUGGACUCACCGCUUACGUCCAGCACCUUCUCGCUCAAGGUGUUAACGCAAACAACCAAGAUGGCAACCACCGGACGGCUAUGAUGCAUGCCGUCGACAGCGGCCACGAAGAGACAGUCAAGCUUCUCAUCGCCCACGGCGUGGAAUUGAACGCCGUUGACAAGAUGGGCCUGGCAGCGGUCCACUUUGCCGUUCUUAGCAACCACCCAGAUUGUCUGCGACACAUUGCUGCGGCUGGUGCUACCAUCACAGCCUUAGUGUCCCCGGCCGGUGCUGGCGGCGAGGACGUAACUUCGCCCUGGAUAUUUUCUGUAAGCAGCAAACAGUAUCAAUUGGUGGAGGACGAAGUCUGCCAACUCCUUAGAAUCCAAGCUCGUCACCUUCGAAAACGUCUCACCGCUUCCAAGAACAUGUUUUUGGGAUGCUCAGCCAUGCAGCUGGCGUGUGAGCUCGGGCUGGACGGCAUUCUCGAAGUGCUGAUCUCGUUCUUGGAUCCGGCAACUCGGGCUUCGAUUCCACUUCACUGGGCGGCUGCAGGGGGUCAUGCGACUGUCCUUAAGCUCCUGCUGCAAUACCCGGAGAUCAAGGAGAGUAUCAACAGCAAGAACCACCGGGGCAAUACUGCUCUUUUUGUGGCCAGCCGGUCGGGUAGCCUGGAUGCAGUCCAGACGCUCGUAGAACACGGUGCAGAUGCACGUAUCCUGAAUCAAGAUAGACGGCCUGACCGCGAUCUCAUGGCUAAGAAGCACAAGAACGGCGGCUCGCACUGGGGUGGGCUGUCUUGCCUCCAUGCUUGGGCUGGCAUGACCACCUUGGCAACUGUUUGGGCCCGGGUCUCUACGGUGGAUGCUGAUAAAAGCGAGGCGAGCAGGCAGACUAGAGCCGUUGAGCUUCUAAUCAGUUACGGAGCUGACCCCAGGGCCCUCAACAGACAUGGUCUUACCGCUCUCCACCUCAUGAAGGGCCAGCUUGAGGAACUCCCAGCCAUCAAGCUGCUUGUCGACGCGGAAGCCAACAUCAACGCAGCUCAACCAUCCACAGGCCGCACGCCACUACAUAUGUUAUUCCCAAAAUGCGGCCCCUUGCAGAACACUAUUACGGCCAUACCGGAGCUGGCCUUGGUUGGCGCUGACUUCAACCGAAAGGACAACAAUGGCAAUACUCCCCUUCACCUGGCCACCAGCAGCCUCACUGAGACGAAUUCUGAAGAAAUGGUCGAGCAGAUCCUAGGGGACUUCUUGAAAGUGUGUGAUCCCACCAUAACAAAUGGCGAUGGUCAUACAGCUCUAUUCAAAGCACGGGGCAACGCAUUUCACCGGCAGUUUGACAAGAUCGCCAGGCGCCUGGUAGAGAGUGGCGUUGACUUAGAAGCAAGAGACAACGAAGGAAAGACGGUGCUUCUGGAAGCUUGCCGCUGGCGGGAUGAGUCCAUCUUGGGGUUGGUAAAACUUGGCGCCGAUGUUCGGGCAAGAGACAAGGUCGGGAAAACCUGCCUGCACUACUUGUUCGGCGCACAAGCCCCCAACUCGGACUUCUACGCCUAUCGCGAUUUUCCUCGCAUUGUCAGUACCCUAACAAAUCACGGCGCGGCUCUGGAUGCUGUUGACAAUGCUGGGAACACCAUCUUCCACGAGUUAGCCGCCAACAAGGGCGACCAGCACUGGGUAAGUCGGGAUUUGCCCAGGUGGCUGAAAACUCUGCGCGACCUGGUUGAUUCCAACCAACAUGGCGCUCACUUGCGACGGAUUGCCAGCAUUAAGAACCACGUGGGCCGGAACCCGCUGCACUCUGCUGCGGCCGUGCCACCACUGAAUUCUAUUGCUGACGACCAAGAGGUGGCCUGGUGCGACUUCUUUCUCAACCCCAAACUUGGCUUGGAUCCCUUACUACCGGAUGCCAACGGCGAGACACCACUCCACCUAGCCGCUGCGCUUUCCGAGGCCCGUGCCUGGAAGCUAGUCGAGGCCGGCGCGGACAUCAGCCUGGUCUCGAACCGGGGACGGCUCCCUCUGCAUGAGGCGGCAAGAGGAGGUAAUAUCAACUGCAUGGCGCUUCUAUGUCAGGAGCAUCAGAGGAGACAGCUCGCUAUUGACGUCAAGGAUGAGAAUGGAGACACACCAUUGCACGAGGCUGCUUGUUCCGGACGAUGCGAGUCCGCUAGGUUGCUUCUAGAUGCUGGUGCCGACGUCAAUGCUGUCAAUUGUGCUGGACUUAAGCCUGCCCAGGUGGCUGCAUCUGUUUCGGCCACGGGACUCGACGAAAAGCAUAUUCGCAACGUAGUAGCGCAUGUGAUGAAUCACGUAGCCGACGAAGCAGGUGCUUUGUGGCAAUACAGCGAGGAAGAGGACCUGAUGAAGGAUCCGCCGUUCGACGUCACAUUGAGAGAACUAGAGACGCCCGGUCAUCAGGCAGUACUUCGACUACUAACGGGCACAGCCGCUAGCACCGGCUCCCCUACCGGUGGCCCAUCAGUUACAAGAACAGAAUUCGCGUACCGAAUUCCUGGCUCAAGAAACCAACCUGAGGAAGUCGUGGGCAACAAGCAUGAACAACAGGCUGAACAAGAAGAUGAGCAUGCCGAAGCCAUCCGAGAACUAGUCACCGCCGUCCUAACCCGCCAACACGAUAGGAUUCGAGAUCUCAUUUCUCGUACCGGGGCGGAGGCCGCACGCUGUAACAUCUUUGAGGGCCACGAAACCCUGGUCCACAUUGUCGCCCGCUCCGGCGAUCUCGAGACUCUCCAGGCCAUACUUAGCCUGGAGGGAGAUGUGAACUCAUUCAAGCCACCGCUGCUACAUGUGGCCGCCGAACGGAAGCAGCCCAACCUAAGCAUCAUGCAAUACCUGCUCAGCCUCGGCGCCAAUCCACAUGCACAAUACAAAGAUGACCGGAAAUGGCGGCGCCUUCGCUUCCCCUCUUACCCCAGCAACACCAACGUCAUGCACCUAAUGUCGCUCGGUCACAACUGGUGGCACUCUCACGGGCUGCGUCUGGUUACCCAGUACGGCGGCGAUCUUGGUCGUUCCAAUGGCGAAGGCUUAACCUGCGCUGCACUCUGCGACGAGGAUGCCGCAAACCGCCACCACCACAAACAAGGCCCUUAUGCCCCCCUAUGCAAAGCAACACUACUCACCCUUCAACAACCCGCCGAGCACGCAGCAGAAGACCUAAUCAAGCUGAUCAUGGACGGCAAUGCCGACGCUGUGCGAGCCCUUCUCGAAAGUGGCGCCGCUGACCCUAACCGUGUCUACCACCACGAAGACCGGGACUACAGCCACCAAGGCCAUACCAUGCUCCUCCCCCUCCAAGCCUGCGUCGACGCUUGGGAUCAAGGAGUCCUACGCACCGAGGCUGGCGACCCAGCCAUCUCCGAGAUCAUGGCCCUCCUCCUCCUUCACGGCGCCGACGCGGGGAAACUGCUCCCAGGCACCCAAACGCGUGUUUUCCACCACGCCGCCGCCUUCAACGCUCCCGUACAGCCCUUCCUCGACGCUGGCGUCGACAUCAACCUCCGAGAUCCCGACGGCGCCACGCCCCUCAUCGCCGCCGCCGGGUGGGUCGGGUACAUGCCCCAGGGUGGGCGCGAGCUGUUCGCCCUGGACCUGAUCGGCGGGGGUGCAGAUGUCAAUGCCGUGGACGAUUCGGGCCAGACGGCGCUGCACAAGGCCGCUCGGUGUGAGUCACACCUCAGCAAUCCCCAGGUCAUGGACGCGCUGCUGCGGGCCGGGGCAGACGCGGGGAUCCGGGAUGUCGAGGGCCACGAUGCGUUUUAUUAUUUUUUGCGGGCGGAGCCCGGGAGCUGGGGCAUGGAGCACUACCACGUCGGGAUGCUGGGGGACCUGUGGGAGGAGGGCGCGGCCGCGGUGGAUGUGUAUGCGGAGACCGGGGAGACGAAUGCGCACGUGGUGAUGCGGCUGGUGGCGGAGCAGUUUGAGAGGGAGUCUAUCGACCCGGACGAGGUGAAGGCGUUGGGCGACAUGUAUCGUGGGAUGGUGGCCCGGGGUGCUGACCGAGAGGCGAGGGACGGGAAGGGUAACACGCCAGUUUUCGAGCUGGUGAAGGGUUUAGGGAACGGAGAGUUGCCUAAGGAUCCGUGGGAGGCGUGGGUUCGGGCGUUGCUGGUUGAGCAUGUUCUGUCUGCGGUGAACGAUGCCGGGGAUACGCUGCUGCAUGUGCUGGCGCGGAAGCCAACUGGAGCGGUGUGGAGCCGUGCCAGGACGCCGAGCGCAGUGUUGUUUCGGAUGCUGAUGGAGUGUGGUGUAGAUCCGAAGAGGGAGAACGGGGAGGGCGUAUAUGGUUAUCUCGGAAAGGAGUUCGACUUGAAUGAUGAGAUUACUUGA